AUGUUCGGCCAGUCUGGUCAUGUAAGCGACACCGACCAGCCUGUCAACAUCCUGUGCCAGAACAACCUCGAAGGCUACUUCUGGCACGUCAGUGAUUUUCACGUUGACAAACAGUACGAGGCAGGAGGUAGCCGCGACUUGUACUGUCAUCCUGGCACCAACGAUUCCACUGGAGAUGAUACCGGGCCUUAUGGUGAUUUUUUCUGCGAUACCCCGCAACUACUCGCACGAUCAGCCGUCGAAGCCAUGGAACGUAUCAAACCAGAGGUUGACUUCGUACUCUGGACUGGAGACAAUGUGGCGCACGGAAAAUGGCCAACUUGGACUGACGUGUACAGCCAGACGCACUGGAUUGGUUCGCUGCUGUGGCACAAGAUUGGACAGAAUCGAACACUAAUUGUGCCCACCUUGGGAAACCACGACUGGGUUCCUGCUAACGCCAUGGGGUCCAUGGACGCGACGCCUUACCGCGGUUUCCUCAGAAGCUCGGGCUUCAAUCAGCUGCUCCCUGAGGAAACGUGGGGCGCCUUUGAACGCGGUGGGUACUACAGCCUGCAGCUCUCAAAGAACAUCCGCCUGGUGUGCCUCAACACUGUGCUGUGGUACACCCUGAACAAAGGUGUGCGAUCCAGCUCAAGAGGUGACCCGCAGCUAAAAUGGCUGCGGGAACAGCUGCACGACGCACAGCGACAGGGACAGAAGGUGUUUAUUUCUGGACACAUCGGGCCGGGCUUCUUCAUCAGGACCCUCCCGGGUGAGACGGCCCGCAUUUUGUUCUUCGACGACAUCAACGACGGCUACCAGGACCUGAUCGGCGAUUAUAAGGACGUUGUGGCCGGACAGUUUUUCGGCCAUCAGCACGCAAACGCCUUCGUCUUACUAUCGGACAAAGCAGGCACUCCAGUAAGCUCUGUCCAUUUGACCGGACCGGUGACACCCUACGGUAGCAGCCACCCGCUUUACAAGUUCACCUCGGUUUCCUCCAACCCGUCGCUGCGGCUCUACAGCUACCGACGCUCGAAUGGCAUGCUCCUGGACUACACCAUCUACUACUUGGAUCUACAAGACGCCAACAUGGCCGCUUCCUCCAAGCGAGUGCCAAGAUGGGAGAGGCUAUUCUCGUCCAAAGACGAUUUUGGCUUGCAAGACCUUAGCACGGCGUCCAUGGUAGAACUGGCUCAACGCAUCUCUCGCUCGCCCGACCUGCUUUCACGCUACAUUAGCUACAGCACGUCCCUCCGGGAUGCGGGGCCAUGCGACGGCGUAUGCCGCGAGACAAUGCUGUGCGCCAUCAUGGCGUCCCGGCGAGAAUCCCACGCGGCGUGCCUCGGCCGAGGCGCCAAGGGUCACUCCGCGCACGGCCUGCCGAUGAAAGACGGCACCGAACCACUGCCGACUAUUCGAGACGUGAUUGUUGGAUUGUCCGUCUCGGCCAGCGUGGUUGCUGGCAUCGUUCUGCUCGCGCUAGCCAAGAGGGCGCGCAUGAUGCAAGGGCCGCGCUACGGGCGCUUCUUAUGA